CACAUAUAACUCUCCUCCACUCAAAUUCCUGAGGAGGCGUCGCCUCCCUGCCCUGACGUACCUGACUGCCACAAACCAACAUGCUGACCUCGCCUGAAGAAUAAAACAACCUGGACAAAUGUGACCCCCAGGAGCCGCGUAAGUCAAGCUGGGUUCAAGAGAACGAACGGCUCAACACUGCGACGCAGGCGUGAACUCAGGGUUCAGUCGGAGGAAGUUUCCUCCUCAUCUUCAUCUGCUUUGGUUCUGUUGCUGUCAUGCACAGGAAGUCACUCUUCUGCUUUUUUGCUUCUGCGGUUUCUGUCUGUGUUGCUUGGUGUGUCACAGUCGCCUCUCCUUCCUCUCACACAUGCAGCCCUCUGUGCUAACCCUCACCACAGCACUUCUCGGUCAACUGGUUCAGGGAACAGUGAGUUUGGACGUGUCGGUGGUUAAUUCUUCUUAGAGGUUCCAACGAGGCUCGCUACCUCCUUUUCCAGAGUUGCUAGUAAGCAGGGAUGAUGGGAGGAGAGACAUGAGGACAGAGCGCCUUCUUUCAUCACCCAGCCUGUCCUCAGGACCAACGCGGAGGCAGUAGGCCAGCAGCUUGAUGUUCCUCUCACUGAAGACCCCAAAAGACUUGGCUCGCUGUAGGCCUGCUCCUUUCGAGUAAAUUUGGAGCGCCCGCUUUGUUUUGCCAGCCUGUUUUUGGAAUACACGGAUUUCUCAGGAGAAGGGGUUCGUGCACAGCUUUCCCCCUGGAUUACUUGUGGAGAUUAGUGAUGGGGAAUGCGGCCGCCGGGGGCUUGGAGCCGGAACCCGCCGAGGGCCGAGAGGCCAGGAACUCAGUCGGCGCGGCUUCGGGAAUGGGUGACCCCACGGCCACCUUGCAGAAGAAGCAGCCGGCUCCCCCCAAACUGCCCAUGCCCCCGGAGGAGGAGCUGGAGAAGCGCUUCAACGUGGUGCUGAGCUACAUGAAUUUGCCUCCGGAUAAACUGCAGCUAUUGAGUCAAUAUGACAACGAGAAGAAGUGGGAGUUAGUCUGUGAUCAGGAGCGUUUCCAGGUGAAGAGUCCCCCGUCCACUUACCUGACCAAGAUCAAGAGCUUUUACCAGGACCAGGGGGUCGUGUCCCGCAGGCUGAAGAAAAGGAUCCAAGAUGCAACGCAGGUUCUUAAAGAUUUGGAGAUCUCACUCCGCACCAAUCACAUCGGAUGGGCCCAAGAGUUCCUCAGUGAGCACAACAACGGUCUGGAUGUCCUGGUGGAAUACCUGUCCCACGCGCAGAGUGAUGCCUCGUUUGAUGUGGACUGCGUGGAAAAUGGCGGCACCCUGUCAGACCGGGGAAAGCCAGCAGAGAGGUCGCUGGAAGACUUGACCAAGAGCUCCAGCAGCUCGCACUCGCACGGGAUGACCAGAGCUGCCCGGGCGCUGACUGUGAGGAUAAGCUCCACGCUGGGGAACAAAAUACAUAAAAAGUCCCAUUCGUCCAGCCAGAGAGACGACGUGCACGUGUGCAUAAUGUGCCUGCGAGCCAUCAUGAACUACCAGUCUGGUUUCAACCAGGUGAUGACUCAUCCGCGCUGUGUGAACGAGAUCGCACUCAGUCUCAACAGCAGGAAUCCCAGGACCAAAGCCCUGGUGCUGGAGUUGCUCGCCGCCGUGUGUCUCGUCCGGGGAGGACACGACAUCAUUCUCUCCGCCUUUGACAACUUCAGAGAGGUGAGCAAAGAGAGGAGACGCUUUGAGAAGCUGAUGGAGUACUUCAUCAACGACGACAGCAACAUUGACUUCAUGGUGGCGUGCAUGCAGUUCAUAAACAUCGUGGUCCAUUCGGUGGAGAACAUGAACUUCCGCGUCCACCUGCAGUACGAGUUCACUCACCUCGGACUGGACAAGUAUCUGGAGAGUCUAAAGGAAACGGAGAGCGAGAAGCUGCAGGUCCAGAUCCAGGCCUACCUGGACAACGUGUUGGACGUGGGCGCCCUGCUGGAGGACGCUGAGGGCAGGGGAGGGGUGCUGGAGCACGUGGACGAGCUGCAGGAACACAACCUGCAGCUGAGCGCUCGGCUGCAGGAGAUCGAGGACCAGGCCACGGGGCGGAUGUCCGACCUGGAGACUCAGCUCAUGCAGGCGACCAAAGAGACGGAGCUGCUCAAAGAGAGCCUGCGGGAGUCCUGCUCCCAGGUCGGUGCUCUGCAGCAGAGGGAGAGGGAGCGGGAGCUCGACCGGGAGAGGGAGAAAGACAGGGAGCGCCUGAGCACCUCCGGCCCCCAGACCACCUCCGAGCUGGAGCAGAAGCUCCACGCGCUGCGGGACAAGGGGCUGAUCCGCCUGGGGCGCAGUGCCUCCGGCGGGCUGGACAUCCAGGUGGUGCCCGUCACGGUGGUGGAGUACGUCCACGCGGCGCCCUCAGCCCCGGCCCCUGCGCCCGGCGGCGUGAGCUCUGUUGGUUCAGCCUCUGGCCCUCCGCCACCUCCUCCCCUUCCUGGUGGUGCAGGGCAGAUUGUCUCUCCUCCUCCACCUCCUCCCCUUCCUGGUGGUGCAGGGCAGAUUGUCUCUCCUCCUCCACCUCCUCCCCUUCCUUGUGGUGCAGGGCAGAUUGUCUCUCCUCCUCCACCGCCUCCCCCACCUGGUGAUGGGCCGACACCUACUCCUCCUCCCCCACCUGGUGUUGGACCGCCACCUCCUCCCCCACCUCCUCCCCCACCUGGUGAUGGACCGCCACCUCCUCCUCCUCCUCCUCCUCCUCCUCCUCCCCCACCUGGUGUUGGAGCCCCGCCUCCCCCUCCCCCCCCACCUGGCCCAGGGGUCCCGCGUCCGCCUCCCUCCCCUGGUGUUGGACCCCCGGCCCCUCCCGGAGCUCCAAACACUGGGCUGAAGAGCAAGAAGACCAUUCAGACCAAGUUCAGGAUGCCGUUGUUGAACUGGCAGGCGCUAAAACCGAACCAGGUGACGGGCACCGUCUUCAAUGAGUUGGAUGACGAGCAGGUCUUAGGGGAGCUGAACAUGGACAUGUUUGAGGAACAGUUCAAGACCAAGGCCCAGAGUAAUCCAACAGACAUGGCCAGUGUAAAGAAGAAGGCGGCGCAGAAGGCCCCGAGUAAGACGUCGCUGAUCGACGCCAACAAGGCCAAGAACCUGGCCAUCACUUUGCGCAAGGGGGGAAUGAGCCCGUCUGGUAUCUGCACCGCCAUCGAGACGUAUGACCAGCAGGCGUUGUCCCUGGACUUCCUGGAGUUGCUCGAGCACUUCAUACCGUCGGACUUUGAGACGAAGCUGCUGGCCAACUACGAGAAGGACGGCCGCCCGCUGGAGGAGCUGGCCAACGAGGACCAAUUCAUGCUGCGCUUCGGGAAGAUUCCCCGCCUGAGCCAGCGGAUAAACACCCUCACUUUCAUGGGCAAUUUCCCAGAGACUGUGAAACGCGUGCAGCCGCAACUGAACUCCAUCAUCGCUGCGUCCAUGUCCAUCAAGUCUUCAGUAAAGCUGAAAAAGAUUUUAGAAAUUGUUCUCGCCUUCGGUAACUACAUGAACAGCAGCAAGAGAGGGGCCGCGUACGGUUUCCGGCUGCAGAGUCUGGACCUGCUGUUGGAGACCAAGUCGACGGACCGCUCGCAGACGCUCCUGCACUUCAUCACCAACAUCAUCCAGGACAAAUACGCCGACUUGGCAAACUUCCACACGGAGCUGCACUUUGUGGACAAGGCAGCGCUCGUGUCCCUGGACACCAUUCUGCAGGACAUCCGCUCCUUGGAGCGGGGGAUGGAGUUGACCAAAAAGGAGUUCCUGGUGCAGGACGACAGCCCCGUGCUGAAGGAGUUCAUCAAGACCAACUGCGAGCAGCUGGAGUCGCUGAUCAGAGACAGCAAGACGGCACAGGAGGCUUACGGCUCUGUGGUGGAGUACUUCGGCGAGAACCCCAAAACCACGCAGCCUGCCAUGUUCUUCCCGAUGUUCGCCCGUUUCAUAAAGGCCUACAAGACGGCGCAGCAAGAGAUUCAGCGGAGGAAGAAGAUGGAGAGCGAGAGCUCCGAGGAGAAAGAGACGCCGUCCCCCAACAGAGCCGGAGCGCCAAAGGGGCCCAAGGUGCCCCAGAUGGACCUGAUAGCAGAGCUGAAGAAGAGGCAGGUGAAGCCGCAGGUGCGCGAGGGGAAGGACGGCGCCCUGGAGGACAUCAUCACAGAUUUGAGGAACACACCGUACCGGCGGACGGACGGUCGACGGUCGGCGCAGCGCCAGGACACUUGAGCCACAUCCGGCCCAAGACUUACGAACCUGGAAAUCACAGUCAAACAUACAGAGAUAAAAGAACAAUGUGUUCUGUGCUGUAUAUACAGUUAUAUCAUAAUAUAGCAAUUUGCAUUGUGUAUUUGUUCUGUAAAUAGAUUUAAGUUGGAACUAUUUUGAUAUUUUUAAUGCAGCAGUCUGAUGAAUUUGAUUCCAAAUUUUGCUAAAGAAUAAAACUGUGGCACCUCCUGUCAAGAAAAUCAUGACUUUAUUUUAAAAUAAAACUAGUUUAUCCGCUG